CAGACAUUAGUUUUGUACUCUGUAUCAUUUUUGUCUGUACUCUGUAGCUACCUGGAGCCAAUGAAACCGAACCCGGGACCAGUUCAGUUCUGUUUCCUCCAAUCCUAGCAUUAGUCGGAGAAAUUCAUCCUAGCAGACGAAUACACGAGAGUUGUUUUGAAAUUAGAGUUAAUUCCUAAAUUGAUAAAAUAUUUAUUUUAAAAUGGGGAAGCCGAAGCGCGGAGGAUUUAAGAAUAGUAGAAGAGAAGGGAAGUUUGAUGAGCACAUAAGAGCAGAGGAUUCAUCCGAUAUUGCAGGAUUGAGCAAACUAAAACUAACAGAGCAGGAUGAUAGUGAAGAUGAAACUGCAGAAGGUUCAGAAGGUUCAGAAGGAUCAGAAGGUACGGGAUCGACAGAGGACCGGGGAGUAAAUCAGUCCCUCCAAGAGGACCAGGGAGUAAAUCAGUCCCUCCAAGAGGACCAGGGAAUAAAUCAGUUCCUCCAAGAGGACCGGGGAGUAAAUCAGUCCCUCCAAGAGGACCGGGGAUUAAAUCAGUCCCUCCAAGAGGACCGGGGAGUAAAUCAGUCCCUCCAGGAGGACCAGGGAGUAAAUCAGUCCCUUCAAGAGGACCGGGGAGUAAAUCAGUCCCUCCAGGAGGACCGGGGAGUAAAUCAGUCCCUCCAAGAGGACCGGGGAGUAAAUCAGUCCCUCCAGGAGGACUUGGGAGUAAAUCAGUCCCUCCAGGAGGACAGGGGAGUAAAUCAGUUCCUCCAAGAGGACGGGGGGGGGGGAAUUCUAUGAAAUAUAUUUCCCUGG